AUAUUAAAAAAAAAAAAUCAAUCGGAAUAUUUGGGUUUGGAAAAAGUUUCGAUUCGCUGACCCUUGGGUUGGGCUUCGGUGGCCCAUUGUCGCUUGCCAGCCCAUUUUGAAGCGGAUAAUAAUCCACGCGACCAUGACCCAAAUUCUGUUGCCUUAUUGAUCUCUUGACAAAAUAAAUGGCAUAAGUGUUUUUCCUUUUUCCGAUUGUUAAAAAAAUGGCAUAAGAUUUGUUGAUUGGUUUCUCAAAUCUCAACGCCAACUCCAGCGCCCGACUUCUCAACCGAAGGCCAAAGCCAAAGUCUUUUUUCUGGAUUCUCGACCCGAACCGCACGCAGCGGCCGCAGUACGUCACCCGGGGGGAAACUUGUUGGCCUUUUUUGUUUGCCCUUUUCCGGGAGGUGUUGGUGGCGUGAGAAUUGCCAUUCCUCAAAGGCUGCCAUUUUAGGGCCACCGCUUCACUUUUUGUCUGCGGAGUGGCUCCGGUUUUGGGUUCCGCUCUCUCGGUUCCAUGAUUCAUAGGUAAGUUUUGCUGUCGAUUGCUGAUUGCGGCUGCUGCUGCCUGUUGAUUCUGCUUUGACUUCCGGCUUCGAGUUAGUUUUUGGGGGGGUUUUAGUGGCUGGUGGGCCGCAUUCGAGUUCUGGGUUUCGGUACGAUCCUGAAUUUUGGUCGGUUUCGAAUUGGGGAAUUAGGUUUUUUUUCUUCUUCUGUAACUGAUUGUGGGUUUUCUUGAGUGCGUUGUGCUGGGAGUUGAAAUGAACUGUUGCUGUCGUUUACGUGGUGAGUUCUACUUCUAGGGCAAACCAUGAUGUGGAAUUUUGUAACGGGGCUUGGUAAGGGAGGAGCGACGAGUUAUUGAAUUAGGUGAUCCUGUGGAGAUUGCGUUAAGAUUUUCGGUUUUAGCUUGCAGAACUUGCCGGGCUUCGAAUGCACAAUUGUUUUCCUUUGCGUAUUGGGAGGUGCUCUCUGCUUUGUCUACCUAUUUACAGCUGCUUCCUGAAGUUGUAAAGUUUCAAUCUCGACGUAUAAGUUUGCUUAUGGGUGUUUGUAGGAAUUCGUAUCUAUAAUUUGUUCCCUUCCUCAAUUUUGAUUCUUUGUCGAGCUAGUGAGGAAGUUUUCCAUUUUUUUUAAGCCUUUUGAGGUGUUAGUAACCAGGCGAAGCAUAUGCAUAAGUGAUACUUUCCCUUUGUGCAUCAUCUGUUUGAUACUCCAAAGUUCUUGGUAGGGGGUUUUUCCGCCGGCGCUUAAGUUUUAUCUCGAUUGUCAAUUAUUAUGUCGCUGUGAGCAGCCUAGAUUGAUCGAAUGGUGUGAACUUGGUGCAGGAAUCUGAGAUGAAAUGAGAGGAGAGGGACUGUCUAUGGAUUGUUCUCAGUCCAGACCUUGCUCCGGAAAGAAAACAUUACGAGCCUGCAAGAUGAAGGACAAGAUUGAUAAUGUUGUGGUGAUUGAUAUAGACAGUGAUGGAUAUGAUGAUGUGAGUAGCUUUGAUGUUCCCAAAAAGCCAAAGAAAGUCAAUGAUAUUCCUAGGCCUUUCCAGAAAAAACGAAGACCUUCUCAUGUGCUUAGGGAAGGAAAUAGAGUGUCUUUUGAGGGGGCGAUAAGCAUUGAUGAUGACGAUGACGACAGGGACGACGAGGAUGAUAAUAACUUAAAUUUUAGAAGUCGUAAGGUGGAUCCGUCUGGAGUUCGUGGUAACCGUAAUAAGAAUGUGAGGGUUGAUGGCAUGCCGAGUAGUUCCACUUUUGGCAACACACACAAGUUCACAGUUGAUGCUGAUGAUGAUUGUGAGUUCAUUUGGUGCAGAAGAUCAACUGACUACCGUCCUAAACACAAUAAACCCCACACUGAUGAAUCUACUUCUAGGAAUCGUUUUGGCUACUAUUCUGAUUCCGAGAGUGGUUCGUCUGAAAGUGACUCUUCUGAUUGUGAAAUUUUGGAUGGUUCUCAUGGAAACCCUUGGGAACAGUGGGAAAAAGCUUCUAAGAGGCAGAAAUCUAAUAUUAGUAAGGAUCAAUCUGGUGCACAGGAUACAGAGGCUUGCUACAACUACUCUACUGACACUCGCCAAAAUGUUGAUUUAGGAAAUAGCAGUAGACAAACUUCUUUGGAUGAGGACCAAGAAAGUGGUAGAGAACAUACUUCUGCAUGUUCUACACCGGCUAUUCCUGCACCUGUCCAGGAUAACCAGAAGUUUCAGGAUAAAGAUAGUUCUUCCUGUGAGGAUGGAGUUCCGGGAAAUGUGGAUAAUCUUGGUAAAUCUUCUGUUCAUAAAAGUCAAGAAAGCCCACACAAUGCUGCAUGUAGUAAUGGUAUUGCUUCCAAAGGUGUAGAAGAACUUGCCCCGGUUGAGAAUUAUGCUCAAUCAUCUGAUGAAAUAUCUGAGAAAUCCGGUCACCAAGAUAUGGAGAUGCCACAUGCUGAAAAAGUUCCCCGCAGAGAUCAGCUUCACACAACAGAGAACAGGCCAGAGACAUCAGGAAUAGAGGAAGUAGAGAAGCCAUUCACUGAGCCUGUCUCAGAAUUUCAACAAUGUGGUGAAACCAACCAAUUAUUUGCUUCACCUGUGGAUGCUUUCCUUUCUCAAGGAAACAUAAUUAAUGAUAGAGAAAAGCUGAAGGAGACCGAAGAAUACAAGCGAGCGACUGAAGAGGAAUGGGAAGCGAGGCAUCAGCAACUAAGAAUUCAGGCUGAAGAGGCACAUAGAUUACGUAAGAGGAAAAAGGCUGAAGCGUUGCGCAUUUCAGACAUGGAGAGAAGGCAGAAGGAGCGGCUGGAAGAAAUGAGAAAGACGCAGAAGAAGGAUGAAGAAAACUUGAACAUGAAAGAGAGACUCCGUGUUCAAAUGAGGAAGGAUCUUUCACUGUUGGAAAGUCGAUGCUUCGAUUUGGCAUCAGUGCUUCGUGGUCUAGGGAUCGAUGUGGGUAGUGGCUUCUUUCCACCUACGUCACGUGAGGUGCAUGCCGCUUACAAACGAGCAUUGCUGAAGUUCCAUCCCGAUCGAGCUUCGAGAACUGACAUUCGUCAACAGGUCGAGGCCGAGGAGAAGUUUAAACUUAUUUCCCGCAUGAAGGAGAAAUUUUUGCCCGCUUCACUCUGUUGAUAUGAACGACGUGGACUUUACUCUUAUUUCUCGCUAGGAGAUUGUUUGGCCAUUUUAAGAUGCCCAUUUGCCAGUGGAUUACUUCCAGUGACGCUUAUUUCGACAGCUUGUCUCGGUAGGACAAUCCGCACAGACAAGGUUUCAUAUUGGUGAAGCUGUUUCAGUUAUAGAUAGGUAGGGAGGUUCCUUUCCUUUUUAACAUUGGUGUAUAGACGCACAUGGAAGAGUUGAACAGAAUACAGCUGCCUCAUUUCUCGACGCAUAAGUUUAGCUUCUGUUCAGGCAUCAAAUGGUCGAUAGUAAAUGACCUAGUUUCGG